AUGUCUUCCACGUCAUCCUCGGCCCGGACUGAUUUUUUCAAAGAGCUCAAACCGAGAUGCGUUGCCAUCAACGAUCUUGCCGUUCGCUCGUCGGACAGGAGGGCAAGCGCCAGGCAGCUAUUGGUCGUGACCGAGGACCUCUCGAAUGUCCUGCUUGAUCAGGUCAAACGAGAUCCAUCCAUCUUGGAUGAGAAGAUUGCGGAUUACGUAUCCUUCCCGCUCUCUAAUAUUCUGAGGAACCAUCAGGAUUUCCCGAUACGGCUCACCGAGCUCACCAUCAAGUGCAUGGGAAUUCUGAUUCAGCAAGGCUGGAAAGGGAAAAUUUCCAAAGAGCUCUCUCAGCAGCUCCUCAUUUUCCUCACCUACGUUAUUGGCGGUGUUCCAGGGUCGACGCGAGCGGAACCAGUCCCCGAGGAGACGACAGUAGAAGCCUUGAAAGCCCUUACGGCUCUCAUCACGGCUUCGAGCUCCUCAAUAUCCGGAGCAAAAUCCCUUGUGGAAGACAAAAACCUUCCCGCCCUAAGCCACACGAUAACUGUCGUCCUAGACACCAUCACUGAUGGUGAGAGUACGAAUAUCCAAGUUGAAGCACUCAAGACACUAGGCGCUACGUUUGCAGGGCUCAAGGAGCCCGAAUCACUUGCAAAUUUUCUACCAGGAGUAGUUUCUUCGCUCAGCAAACUCCUCACCCCGCCUUCGGCUUGGAAACAUCCUAGGAAAGUCCUUGAAGGAGGUGUUGCAGUGCUGAGGAGCGUUCUCGUCGGUAUUUUAGGAGAUGUCAAGGUCACUGGCCUUCUGAAGAAGGUGGCCAAAGUCGACGAAAGUGCAGAGAAUGAAGGCCAAGUGUUUACUGAGGCCUGGCUUAAAGCCACAACUGAGCAGAUCAAGGUUGCUCUUUCUAGUGUGCUGAAACUGCGCGUCCACAAAUCUGAGGAUGUAAAGGCCGCCCUGGAAAGAUUCUGCAUCGCCUUAUUGGAUGAAUGUCAUCGAUCACUCGCAACAUGCGCUCCGAUUCUCGUCGAAACAGCCAUGAUGCUUACUCCAGACACUGAAAAUAGGUCCUUGAUAAGUGCAGGCCUGAGUACGGACCUUUCAGACCUCACGAGCAUCUACCCAGAGCUUGUUGAUACGGUUAAAACCACAGUUUACAACUGGGUCACGAGUUUACCGCGCAUCACACAAUCAAGCGACGAAGAGGCAAAGCAGCAAGCGAUCCGCAAUCUGCUCAAAGGACAACGUUUCAUGAACACGCUUAGGAUCGACUCAUCCACCUUGAGUAACUCUCUCGCCACCUCCCUUAGGGACAGUGUAGCUUCUUUGCUUGCCUCGUACGACAGUUCCAGCAGCUUGGCUGAGGUUUUGCCCUCAAAUGAGAUAGUAUUGCAAGCUGGUGGUACUGAGAAGUUGGGUGACUCUCGCCAGUUCCGACCACUCCUCAUGGACCACACGAAUCAACGAUCUACACGCGCUGAGCUGACAGCUCUUAUAUCUGGGAGCGGUGCUCUCCUGUACCAUGGAAGACUCGCAAGAGAUAUGCUUGACUACUUACGGGAAUCUGCUGGCAUCACUCAGAUCGCCUCAUACUGGCUAGCCUUCGAGCUCGUAAAAUCAGGUCUGGAACAGUCUUCGGACCUCGAUGAGUUUCUUGACUUUGGCUCGAUGGGUGAUUCCACCGCGCAACAUGAUGAGCUCCUUCAGGAGUUGUACGCAUUUUCAGUGUCAAUCCUCGAUUCAACAGAAGAAGCGGAGGGUGUUGACUGGAGGGCCCAGUCACUAGCCCUUGAGGUUGCAGCUUACACGGCGUCAAGACUGAGUGUCGACUUUCGCCCUGAACUGAUCGAUAUCCUGUACCCGAUUGCAACAUACCUAGGCUCCAGGACCCCUCAGCUGCGAGAACAUGCUGUGGUAGCUCUCAACAGCAUUGCUGCAUCGUGUGGGUAUUCCAAUGUUGCAGACCUCGUUAUCGACAACGUCGACUACAUGCUGAAUUCCAUCUCACUAAGACUGAACACCUUUGAUAUUUCCCCAGCCUCGACGCAGGUGCUGCAGAUGAUGAUCCGGCUCACCGGUCCCAAGCUGGUUCCCUUCAUGGACGAUGUAGUCGCUUCGAUUUUCAGUGCACUAGAGAACUACCACGGGUAUCCUCUGUUUGUGGAAAGUCUCUUCAAUGUGCUGGCUGAGGUUGUGAACCAAGGUGCCAAAUCGGAUCUCCUACUCAUCGAUGAUGGCUCAAAGAAGGCCGCGGACCAUCAGAAGACGGCGCCGAAUAUAGCAAGGAUUGAGGACAUCAGUCAGUUUCUAGAGUCUCGUUCAGAGAGGAAAAGAAAGAGACUUGAAGAGGACGAUAUCGAAUUAACCAGCCAUCCAAAGAAGCCGUGGAAGGCUAUGGCUGAUGGAACAGAGCAAGAAGACGAUGACGAUGACGAUGGCGACGAGGCAGGGCAGCAAGUUGAGAAGAAGCCGCCACCAAAAACCCCAACAUAUAUGCUGCUCGCACGGAUUACAGAUCUCACGCAGCAUUACCUUACGUCGCCCUCGCCGACGCUGCGGAAAUCACUCCUUGACCUGCUCGCAAAGGUGUGUCCUGCACUUUCACCCGACGAGGAGGCUUUCCUGCCUAUCGUCAAUGCCAUAUGGCCCGUCUUGCUGUCGCGUCUAUAUGACCCUGAACCGUUCGUCGUGGUAGCAGCUUGCGACGCGCUCACUGCGCUCUGCAGCAGCGCCGGGGAUUUCCUCAGUACCAGAAUCAAGACCGAAUGGUGGGAUAGCCUUGGCAAGUGGUGUGUGAAAGCGAAAGCAAGUGCGGUGCAGAGAUCACGACCUGGUCGAAGUGCUCGACCGAGCCAACCUACCUCAAAGAGCAAUAGCCUCGUGAUCCCUAUCAGAUCAGCAGAUGGGCUCCAAGCAAAAGAGUCGCUGCAAAGGGGGGAUGGAACACUGGUCUCGGAAACUGGAGCAUUGGGAGAAUUUACUCAGGUUGCACAAGUCUGGGAAGCAGUCCAGAAAUUCCUUGUCGGCAUCGUAAGAUACGUUCGAGUUGACGACGAUGUCUUUGACCAGGUUCUUGGCUUAAUUAGCGACAGCCUGGCGCACCAGUCGGAAGCCAGGAAAGCAUUCGACGCCGUUAACGCGGACGCAGUAUGGCUGGCCAUGUACGAGGCUGGAAGGGUACAAUUGGAGGAGCGCCGUCCGACAUCCCAGCGGGUCGCGUUCGUAGAAGUGUAA